AUGAACACCAGCAAUGCCUUUCGUUCCCAUUUGAUGCAGCAAUUUGCAUCAGCUGCUCGCAGCCAGUCUCGUCCUCCCCUGGCUCUGAUACCAUGGAUAAGGGUAGCCGAAGAAGGAGACCACAACAGCCAUCGGCGUCAGCGACCUGGUACCAGUAAUGCCAGCGGACGGAGAUCCAUAUCCACUCGUCCUGGGCGCACUGGCAGUAGUAAUAGCUCUUGGUCCUCGCCAUCCACUGAAACUGCAAGAAGGCCAACACUGGCCCGACCCAGUGCUCUUUCGUCGUUGUCACUGUCAUCACUAGCAGACGAGGAGGAAGAAUCUCACCACGAUCGCAUCCAAAAUACCCCCACUAUCACAACAACCAUCGCCUCUGGGGAUCCUCCCACAAGCAAUGACGAACUCAAUUCGCACGAAAAUAAUGGAGCUACACUUGCUCAUCAUUUCCAAACCCUGAUACAAACGAGACGGACCACCAGCCAUUUUGGCGGGCCAGCCAACAACCCCGAAAAUGAUCCUUUGGCACCAAGAUUUUGGAUCGACGCCUUGGACAGAGCUGUGGAGUGUGGACGGAGGGCUCCCAAUCAUAAACGAACAGAACGAUUUUCCUUUAAGCGCAUGAUUGCGCCAUCACCCGCCACGGAGCGUUUGGCCGAGAUUGCCUACCAUGUGACCCUUCAAAAGCCAUCGGCAACCGAGCAAACGGCAGAAAAGAAACAAGCCAAAUGGAGCAGCAUACCCGCCUUUUUGGUCGCCACGGUACAAUCAGAGUCACAGCUACACCCUGAUAACGACAAUACCGUUGGCAUGUACCAGGCACUUCCAUUUGUACCACCUCAAACAGAACGAGAAAUGGAAGAUUAUGCCGCUGCUUGUGCUGCAGUCCAGAAUGUAUUGCUCAGUUUGCAUGCUGAGAACAUUGCCUCCAAGUGGGCAACAGGGCCUGUGAUACAGUCACCAGCCUUUCGGGAACUGGUAGGGGCCACUGCCAAUGAUCGCAUUGUAGCACUCGUUAUGAUUGGAUUGCCCAAGCUACCAGGUGGCGGCAGUAGUCCUCCUCGACCGCGACGGUUUCGGCGGGAUUGGCAGGACUUCCUGCAAGAUGUGUAG